AUGGAGAAUGAGAUUAUUUCACUUCGACAAAAGGACACAUCAAAUAAUAUAGAACAACUUGAUAUUAGUGUCAAUAGUGGCCAAGGGAGUUGCACAAUUUCAUUAAAUAGUUUUCCUAAGGGGGUCUCAAGUUGUAAAUUGUUUGUAUCAUCACCAUUACUUUGCUUGGUUGCCCAUGGGAAAUUGCAUAAUGUUAAAAGUGAUGCACUACAUGGUAGAUCUUUACCUAGUGGACAUGUAAAAGUUAGUGUAGAUAUUAAUGUGGAGCCAAAUGUAUCCUUGCCUAUACCUAAUGCAAAUCAUGACAUAAUGACAACAGGACAAGCAAUAGGUACAUUUGUGGCAUGGCCAAACAAUCUUUUACAGGUUGUUGAUGUGGAUUCCACUUUAUCUAAAAAGAAAAGGAUCAAUAAUACAAAUGAAUAUGUCGUAACUAAAAGAAAAUGUCAAGGGAAAAUGGUCAUUCAACAUGAUCCUCGUAAAGUGAUUCAUCCUAAUCUUCCUCAAUGUUGCAACUACCUCCCUUCAUACAUGAAACUAAAGCCUACAGAGUCACUUUCCCCAAUAGAAAUGGAGAAAGCCAUAUUUGGACUAGAUGAACAUAAAGAGACCGUCAAGGCAUAA